UCCGCGGCGGAGCCGAAGCCGGGAACGUCAGGGAUAGCCCAAGCUCAAGCUCGCCGAACACGCCAGUCUUACGCCCGCUCUCGCACGCUCCGCACGGUGUCAGUGAUUCAAGUGUCGGUUUCUCGUCCCAGUGAUCCCAAGUUCGACUUCCCAAAUGGCUGACGGCAUCAAGCGUGACAUCCCGAUCCGAUUGGGGGAUUUCAGUGUCAUCGACUCCGAGUUCAGCAACAUCCGCGAGCGCUUCGACGCCGAGAUGAAGAAGAUGGAGGACGAGAUGACCAAGUUCAGGUCCGAGCUCAUGAACCGCGAAUCCAACUUCUUCAAGACCACCACGAGGUAAUUCAGAUUUAACUCGAGUUUGGGAA